AUGCUUGUGUCUGUAUCUCAGGAUGAGAUGGCAAAGGCAGAAGCCAGGAACAGUGAAAGAGCAUCAUGUGGACUAGAAAAUGGAAUAAAGUUGGCCAUGGAAACUGUGGAGAAAAUAAACUCUACUGUACAAUUCAUUGCUGGCAAACCACAAAGCAUUGCACAUGAACUUAAAGCACUUCAGCAAAGCAUCCUGUUUGCAGAUAUUGAAGGUUUUACCAGUUUGGCCUCCCAAUGUACAGCUCAGGAACUGGUGAUGACACUAAAUGAGUUAUUUGCCAGAUUUGAUAAACUUGCUGCUGAGAAUCACUGUUUACGUAUAAAAAUUCUUGGGGACUGUUACUAUUGUGUGUCAGGGCUGCCAGAAGCCAGAGCGGACCACGCACAUUGUUGUGUAGAAAUGGGAAUGGACAUGAUUGAAGCAAUCUCGUUAGUGCGAGAGGUGACUGGAGUCAAUGUAAAUAUGCGAGUAGGGAUACACAGUGGACGAGUGCACUGUGGGGUCUUGGGACUCCGAAAAUGGCAGUUUGAUGUAUGGUCAAAUGAUGUCACACUGGCUAAUCACAUGGAAGCUGGAGGCAAGGCUGGGCGGAUACACAUUACAAAAGCUACAUUAGACUGCCUAAAUGGAGACUGUGAGGUGGAGCCAGGCCAUGGAGGGGAGAGGAAUGCUUAUUUGAAAGAACACAGCAUUGAGACCUUCCUGAUUGUAAGCUGUGGACAAAAUCGGAAAGAAGAAAAAGCAAUGCUUGCAAGGAUGAACAGACAGCGCACUGGUUCCAUUGGACAUAACCCUCCACAUUGGGGAGGUGAACGGCCAUUUUAUAACCACCUAAAUGCCAAUCAAGUUUCCAAAGAAAUGAAGAGAAUGGGUUUUGAAGAUCCCAAGGACAAACAUACCCAAGAAAGCAUGAACCCAGAGGAUGAAGUUGAUGAGUUUCUAGGCCGUGCAAUUGAUGCUAGAAGUAUUGACCGGUUGCGAUCAGAGCAUGUCCGUAAAUUUCUUUUAACAUUCAGAGAAGCUGACUUAGAAAAAAAGUACUCCAAGCAGGUAGAUGACAGGUUUGGAGCAUAUGUGGCCUGUGCCUCUCUCGUCUUCCUUUUCAUCUGUUUUGUUCAAAUUACCAUUGUACCUCACUCAGAAUUAAUGCUUGGCUUUUACUUGGCCUGCUUUAUAAUCCUAGUUGUGGUGCUGUUUUUGUCGUCAAUCUACUCAUGUAUAAAGCUGUGUCCAACCCCAUUACAAAUGAUCUCUCGAGAGAUUGUACAGUCCAAGGCUAUUAGUACUUUAGUCGGGGUCUUCACUAUUGUACUGGUGUUUCUUUCAGCAUUUAUAAACAUGUUUGUGUGCAACAGAGAAGAUUUGUACAGCUGUGUAGCACAGGAGUUUAAUAUCUCUUCUGCCAUGGUGAAUGCGUGUCAUGUCAGCUGGUCCCAGUUCAACUACAGCCUGGACACUAUUGAUGGUUUUUGUGGUAGCAAGUCUCAGAACUGCAAUUUUCCAGAGUAUUUUACAUACAGUGUACUCCUAAGCCUAUUGGCCUGCUCCGUGUUCCUUCAGAUCAGUUGUGUUGGGAAGCUGAUCCUAAUGUUAAUUAUUGAAGUCACCUACCUUAUCAUUGUGGAAGCUCUAGAGGUCAAUAUUUUUGACAACGUGGAUUUGUUGGUUACUGCAAAUGCAAUUGAGCAUUCCAAUGAUACAGCAACUUGCCCCACAAACAUGUCAAAAGUGGCACUAAAGAUUAUGACUCCUGUCAUUAUCACAGUAUUUGUUGGAGCAUUAUAUCUACAUGCCAAGCAGGUGGAGUCUACUGCUAGGUUAGACUUUUUGUGGAAAUUGCAGGCCACAGAAGAAAAAGAAGAGAUGGAAGACAUACAGGCCUAUAACAGACGUCUCUUGCAUAACAUCCUGCCAAAGGAUGUGGCCGCCCACUUCUUGGCGAGAGAAAGAAGAAGUGAUGAACUAUACUACCAGUCCUGUGAAUGUGUUGCUGUAAUGUUCGCCUCAAUAAGCAACUUCUCUGAGUUUUAUGUUGAAUUAGAGGCCAACAAUGAAGGUGUAGAAUGUUUGCGACUGCUUAAUGAAAUCAUUGCUGAUUUUGAUGAGAUCAUAAGUGAAGAUCAGUUUCGACAGUUAGAGAAAAUAAAAACUAUUGGGAGUACAUAUAUGGCUGCAUCAGGUCUGAAUGACUCAACCUAUGACAAAGUUGGGAAGACACACAUUAAGGCUUUGGCAGACUACGCCAUGAGGUUGAUGGACCAAAUGAAGUAUAUCAAUGAACAUUCAUUUAAUAACUUCCAAAUGAAGAUAGGACUGAACAUUGGUCAAGUAGUUGCUGGAGUUAUUGGAGCCCUUAAACCACAGUAUGACAUCUGGGGAAAUACAGUCAAUGUAGCUAGUCGUAUGGACAGCACAGGAGUCCCUGACAGGAUUCAGGUAACCACAGAUAUGUAUCAGGUUUUAACAGCCAACAACUACCAGCUGGAGUGUCGAGGUGUAGUAAAAGUCAAAGGUAAAGGAGAAAUGACAACUUAUUUCUUAAAUGGUGGACCCCCUAACAGUUAGCACUGAAUGCUGCAUGACAGAGGGGGAAAAAAUGAACACUAGUCACAAUAUCAUUAAAAGUCCAAGGAGAAUCUCAGACAGAAAGUGCAAUUUGUAUUGAUCAAUCUGCUUAAGGGUGAAACCCUAAAAGACUACAAAACAUCAACAAAUGGAGGUUCUUUAACAGAUGCUUCGCAAGUCACCAAAAAAAAAAAAAAAAAUGGGAAAAAGAUAUGGUUACGUUAAAGGAUUCCCAUGUUGCCUUUGCCCACACGAACUGAACUGUGUAAUAAGAAAAUAUGAACUUCAGUGAAGUGACCAAAGAUGCAUCCAGAGCUUAACGUCUAACAGAAGAAUAUGGCUUUAUUUUGAGAUCUGGCAAUGCACUUAGUACUCUGGAGGAAUUUAUUCAUUAUGUGCUACAUUACUGACAUUCACUGAAGAUAUUUAAUUGGUUGAAUGUAACAGAAACAGCCUUACAUUCAUCAGUUUGCUUCUUCACUCCCUUCAGGUUGGUUCUAUUCCCAGACUGCAGUCGCCAUAUGUUCACCUUGAGUUAUACUAAACAAAGACAUUUUUAAAAUCUAACAAGUUUAAUAAGAUGUUACAAUUUUAAGCCUGCUGGCAGCAACACUACAAGAGUACCUGUCUUUUUAUUCAAGUUUCAAAAGACUGCCGUGAAGUAAAAGACUUCCAUUUUUGACUUCAAAGUGAGUGCAACACAGUUCUACAAAUGUAUUUAUUCAUUUAUUUAAGAAAAGGUCUUCUGUGCUCUUGGUAUUUAGGUUUACAUGUUGAGGAAUAUGUAAACUAAAGACACUUUAAAUGCUCAAGAAGCUUUUUGUCUUUUUGUAUUUUUUAUUUUUUAAUAUUUCAACUUGGAAAUCUAGAAAAUAUACCAGAUUCUAUAUUUUGUAAAUUAAUAUAUUAGACAUGAAACCUCUGUAAGCCAGUGUGGAAGUUUUUGGCAUUUAUCAUGUACUUAACUGGCAUUGACUUGUGCCACAUGUACAUUUAAUUUUAAAUAUAGGUUUGGCAGAUUUGAAGUUAGCAAAACUAUUCUGCAAAGUGUAGCUAUACAUCAUUGGAAUGACAAACUCUGUCUUAAUGAAACACUAUUUUGUUAAAUAUUUUUUCACACACGCAAACAUCCUGAAAUGCUAUUGGUUAAGAGAUGUCUCAUGUUCAUGCAUUAAACACCUGCACAUUCUUGUUCCGCACCGUAAUAUCAAGACAUAGCAUUAUGAUCAUUCUUGUGUCGUGCCUUGUGCUCAUAAAUAAAAUCUUACUGACAUUUACAUGCACACAGAUUAGAGAAGCAUAUCUGUCCCACAGCCCUUCUGUAUCACUCUUCACACAGAGAAGCUGUUUUCUUAGAAAAUCAACCCAGAAUGCCAAAACAAAAGAGAAUGUUCAGUAACUUUAAUACCCAAGAUAUUUCUUUAGUUUUGCUAACAUGUUCAUAGGUUAAUCAGCUGUACAGUCUUGGACUGGUAAUAUAUUAAUAUAUUUCCCAUUAAAUAGAUUAACCUUUGUGAAGAUUUGUGAUUACACAUACAAUCAUCCAAAUCAGUAUACAGAGGAGUAAGCUACUUGAUAUUAUAAAGUGAGGUCAUUCCAGAAGUGGAGUUAUAUGUUGGGUUAGGUAUCCAUCUCUCCAUCCAACAGUGUUAGUGUGGCAUGCAAGCCUUAACUAUGAUUGCAGAUCCUAUGUAGUACCAUAAAAAUAUAUUUUGUUGCAGUAUGUAAGUUUAAAAAAAUAAUUAAUAGAUAUCCAUGCAUUUCAUAGUUUCUCUUGUGAAUAAAUUUAAUGACAGCAGUGCAACAUACAAGGGUCCCUGGUAUGAUUAGAACUCUAGGACCAAAAUGCAAGGCAGCAGUGAUGUGCGUGGUAUCACAUGUGCUAUUUUGCAUAAUAUUAUUUUAAGCAAAUCAAAAAUCUUGCAUUUUACUUAAAAUAAUAUCAUUUGCUUUUAUUGAAAAAAAAAUCUAGCUUCAUGCAGAUAAUAAAAACUUUUGAAAGGCAUUUUAAGGGUUAAAUAUAAAACAGCAUGUAGCUUAAGAUUCUGCUGUAUUUUGAGUUGUAGUACUUUAAAAAUAAAAACAUACUAGAAUCUGAAAUAGUCACUAUAGUAUCAUCUGAAGAUAAUUUUCUUUAAACAGCUAAUAAUUAUCAGUAUUUAAUUUUCAUUUUGCAAAACUGAACUGUAUUUUAAUGCAUUGUUUAUUUAUUUUUAAUUUGUUUCUUCCUCUUGCCUGACAACUAGUAGCUUGUACUUAUCUGGAGUUGUUAUACAGGUGGUCAUCAAGGCUUUUUCUUAACACUGUACCCCAUUGUCCUUCCAAUGAUGUACAUCCACCAUAGAAGUGGACCUGGCAAUAUCAACCCAAUGAGAUUCCAUGUGUGUGUGGUCUUUCCAGCUACAUUGCUUGCAAAUUGCUAGACUAACCAAGCACAUGAUGCUUGUGACAUAAUUGCCAUCAGGCAGAGCACCUUCCAAAUCCCUGGCAGGCCACAACUCUACCCUCUUGCUGGAAUGAUGGAGCAGGCACCCCCAUCAGCCAGGUCCCUCAUCAUCUGGGCCUUGAUUUUUGUAGUAAGAAAGCAUUGUGGGUAUUAGUGUUGUGUCAGAUCUUUGGACAGGUACAUCCCAAAGGGGGAAUUAUGCUCAAUGAUUGACCUGAUGAGUGUGGAGUACAGAAGAAUGAUGAAAUCCCUGGACCUGGACAACAUACCCUUAGUAAAUAGCUGUAUAAUGAAAAAAGCGUUUUCUUACAAUAGUGGAUACAUGAUGACAGAAGGGUUCAUUGUCAACAUAGUUUUCCACCAUAAUUACUGGAUCAAUUUUCAAGGGUGUGUUGUCAUUGUGAUAGUUACAAGGGACUUCUUGCUUGUCAUUGGAUACUAUUAUACAUUUUUUUGCAUUCAGUUUUAAUCCAUAGUUUUAAGACCAGCUAUUGGUUCGGGACAAGCCUCUUGGAGGGUCUUGGAUGUCACUUGGGGAGUUUAUGAUGGCAUCAAGUUACAGUCAUCUGCAGACGUGGUCAGCCAUAAGCACUUAACAGUAGCUUUGACCUCCAAGAAGAAAAUGCCAAGGGGGUUGUCCUAGGGACUGAACCCUUGGGUGCAUAGUUAGUGAUAGGUCUUUUGAAGGAAGAAGGAUAGCCCACCCUAAUUUCCUUGGUUCUAUUUGUGAAUCAGUUUGUUUUCCUGAAUACCUGAAUGUAGAAUGGUGUUGAAUGCCUUUGCAAGCUCUAGAUAUGCAAUAUUAUCUGAUUUGUACUCAUCCAUUAUUUCAGUAACCUUUUUGAAAAGGUCAGCUAAGUUAAGUAGGCAGAAUCUGCCUUUAGCAAAUCCAGACUAGCUUGGUGUAAGAGCUUUAGGUUACCUAUGUCCUUAUGUAUUCAUUCCACAGUGAUCCUUUCAUUAGCCUUACAGAUGAGAUUAGUCAGACAUAUGGCUCUAUAAUUUCCCAGAUAAGUUGAUGCCCCACCAUUAUGCAUGGAGAUGACCAUUGCUGUCCUCCAUCUGGCACAAAGCCUAUUUUGGAGGCUGACAUUGAAUAACCUUUGUAAAGGGGUUUGACAGGUCCUACAGGCUGUCCAGUGUGUACGUUUAUCCUUAGUAGAUUGUCUAUGUCCCCUUGCUCCAAGUAAGUAAUAUCAUUUACUGAUAACUCUCCACAGUGCUGGGAAUUGUUUCUAAGGUUUUUAACAUAGUUAAAGAAGGCUUUGUGUAGUCCUUGGCCUGGGUGGAAAUUUUUACCUAAGAACUGGCUUUGGUUGUGUUGAUCAGAGCCCAGAGUUCCCUGUUAAGUUUAGCAAGAGCUUUUUUGCAUCUUGAAAGUUGUAUUUAU